CACGUCACUUCCGUGAUGCCAAACAAUCGUUCCGUAGGUAUUUGAGUCCCUGAGAUCAAACCGGAUUUGUCAACAGAUUUAGGAGGCUCAGUGAGACCGGGUCCCGGUGUUCCCCUUCAUCACAGACCGUUAUUUCUCUCCGCCGGUACCGGAGGUCCCCGUUAACGUUAAAAUGAAGAAGAGGAGCUCGGAGAAGCAGCGCCAUGUGGUGGCCUGGAUCAACAAGGCUGAGUGGGACCAGGUCUUAGAGUACCUGUACUCCAAAGAACCGGGUCUACAGAGAAACGCCCUGCACCGGAUCUCUGCCUGGAAGGCCCGCUACGUCAACAGCACACCUGUGGCCGUGGACUGUACCGCAGACCUGGUCCGGUGUCAGGUGUUGGACCGGUCCGGACAGGUGAGCGGGGACGACCUGGUGCUGCUGUACGGAGCGGCUCUGGUCCGGUUUGUGAACCAGAUCACAGAGAGGCAGCAGGGGCGGAGCGCCCGGCCCCUGAGACGGCUGGCCGGGAACCUGAACAUCCCCGGGUGGGUGGUCGACCUUCGUCACGACGUCACUCACAGGAAGCUGCCGUCUCUGAAGUGGUGCCGGAAGGGCUGUAAGGUGGUCCUGGACUGGCUCCAACAGGAGUACUGGUCCAGGCAGCUGGGGGGCGGGGCUAACGAGGGCUGGGACUGUCAGUCAGACGGGGAGGAUGAAGAGAUGGACCUAAAGCGACAGGAGGACGAGCUGCUGGCCAAGCAGAAGGAGAUGGAGGCGUACAAGGCGGCGCGGGAGCUCCUGAUCUCCUUUGAGCGGGAACAGUUUGAGGCCUGUGGCGGUCUGCAGGAGGAGCAGAGGGGGACCGCGUGGCCCGCGCCUCUGGCUGACAUGAGCUGGAUCCUGGGUGAGAUCAAACAGUUUGCUCUGGAGUCCAGCGAGCUGCUGGUGGACGUGCUGUUGGAGGACGGGUUCAUGGUUCCUACGGUGGAGCAGCUGCAGACGUUAGGCUGUGAGUCUGCUGACGAUGACGGCCUCUCUGAACCCAGACUCCCUCUGGCCUUCCUGCGCUUCUGGCUGCCCCUCCUGAAGAUGCUGAACUCCCCGUCGUUCAUCCACCUGCUGCUGGAGAAGCUGUUUGUGGAGCUGAAGCUGCUGAGCGCCGAGCGGAACAAUCACCGAGCGUUCUACAUCUCAGCAUGGAUCUCCGAAGUCUUCGUCUGCAACACCAACAAGUUCGAGUUCCACUUUGAGACGAAAACGCAGAAGAAGAACCGGAUGAAGGACAGGAUCUUUGUGAACCGCAUCCAGCUGAGGUGGCAGCAGCUGCUCUCCGCCUGCCUGGAGGCUCCCUGCAGCAGCACGCCUCACCUGCUGCAGCUGAUCCUGGACGACAUGGAGCACCCCCUCCCCCUGGAGACCCGGCAGAGGCUGCUGCAGCUCUGCUCCAUCUACACCCAGUCUGCUCCCCCCGACUCUACCCGUCCUCCGCAGCAGAAACAGCCCAUCUACACUCUGGAGAGUCUGCACGAGAAGCUCUCGCGGCGUCACGGUCACGCCCGGCGCUCCAGGGCAGACUCCGAGUCCUCCCAGGAUCUCCGGUCUUCAGACGCUCAGGCUGAAAAGGCAGAGCUGCUGCGAGGCUCCCCCUGGCAGGUGUGUUCUGAUAAGGUUCUGUGGAAGAACUUUCCUCUGGGGAAAGUCCCGGGACAGUCAGAUGACCCCUCCUGUCUGAUGGUGGAGAACUACUCCACUAUGACUGUGUUUGACCAGCCGGUGGAGCUAGAGAGCAGCACGGCACACGGCGUGGCGGGGGCGUCUGCUCCGGUGAGGAUGUCUGAGGGUCUUCUGUGGAGCCACAGCGACGUGAACAAGCUGAAGUCUGGACUCAAACUGUUCUGAGUCGAGUCGUAAGACUGUGAAAUAAAAACAUUUAUCUGCCGGGAAGCUGAACCGGUUUGUCUUUAUGACGUUACUCUCUGAUCUGAUUGACUGAGACACAGCAGCAACCUGAUUGGGAUGUCCAAGUCUGAGACUUCACUGUGCCAAGUUUUUUAGACACACAUGGUUGUGGUUAUAAUUAGUGGUUUCAAAAGUACCAAACUAAAAGCCUCCACUUCAUAAGGCGAGUCAUAGGAGAAGAACAGGUCCAUGAAGAAAGGCCGUCCUGUGAUGAAGGUCAAACAACCCGGUGGUCUAGCUAUCACCAAAAUCUCCUGAACACCGUUCAACAUUGAGCAGAAACAUCUCCAACGUAUUUGUGCAGUUCAGCUGACCUGCAGAAGUUCUUUCCUCUCCUUGGUGCCGGCCUUGUGGAAAAAAAACAUCAGAUUGUUUCAAACUGAUCAUAAAGGAUGAAGAAGCAUCAGAGAUUCUGAUGACCUUCACUGAAUUUUGGUCUCAUCCUCGUUUCAUGGUCACUGUUUUUGGAUUCAGAUGUUAGAAAGGUCAUGAACGUUACUCACAGGUCCAGAGUUCAGCUUCAAUGUUCUUUUAAGGCUGGGCGCUAAAACAUUCAUACUGUAUCGCAGUUUAUCUAGAAAUAGCUGUGGUGUUCCUCUCAUUCCAGUCAUGUUAACAUCUGCUGUGUUUGUAUUAAAUGCCUUUAAUUCUA